AUGAUAAUAAGAAGAAGUAGAAGGAAGGGGGAGGAUUUAGAAAAGCAGCAGAAGGAGGGGAAGGAUGAAGAUAGGCAGGAGCAACAGGAGGAUGAGGAGAAUGAGCAACACAAGGAGGAGGAGGGUGGGAAAAGAACCGAUGAGAUAGGGCGUCAAAGGGCAUACACAGAGGCUAUCUUUAACACAUUUAAUUUUCUUUUUGGUCCUUCUGUCUCCAGGUCUGUGAUGCAGUGGCUCAACAGGGUUCAAUCCUUCCUGUACUGCAAUGAGAAUGGGUUCUGGGGUACCUUCCUGGAGAGCCAAAAGGCAUGUGUGUGCCACACAGGUGCAACUCUGUGCCAGCGACCAAUCCCAUGUGUCAUAGGUGGCAACAACAGCUGUGCCAUGUGCAGCCUGGCCAACAUCUCACAAUGUGGCUCCUGUAACAAGGGCUACAAGCUGUACCGUGGCCGCUGUGAGCCCCAGAAUGUGGACUCUGAACGUAGUGAGCAGUUCAUAAGUUUUGAAACUGACCUUGAUUUUCAGGACCUGGAAUUAAAAUACCUGCUGCAAAAAAUGGAUUCAAGGUUGUACAUACAUACCACUUUCAUUAGCAACGAGAUCCGGCUGGAGACAUUCUUUGACCCAAGAUGGCGCAAGCGCAUGUCCCUGACUCUUAAAAGUAACAAAAAUCGAAUGGACUACCUCCACAUGAUCAUCGGUUUGUCAAUGAAAAUCUGUCAGAUGCGAAAUAGCAGUAUUGAUCCCAUGUUUUUUGUGUAUGUCAACCCUUUCAGCGGCAGCCACUCAGAAGGCUGGAGCAUGCCCUUUGGCGAACAUGGUUAUCCACGAUGGGAAAAAACACGACUGCAGAACUCACAGUGCUUCAACUGGACUCUUCUUCUGGGUAACAGAUGGAAGACCUUCUUUGAAACAGUGCACAUUUACCUGCGCAGCCGUGCUAAGGUUCCGACUGGCCUCCGGAAUGAUACAGGACAGGGUCCAGUGGAUCUGGCAGACCCAAACAAGCGACAGAUCUACAUUAAGAUUUCAGAUAUCCAGGUGUUUGGUUAUAGUCUGCGGUUUAAUGCUGACCUGUUGCGCAGCGCCGUGCAGCAGGUUAACCAGUCAUAUACACAAGGAGCUCAGUUCUACUCAUCCUCGUCUGUGAUGCUACUGCUGUUGGACAUUAGGGAUCGGAUUAACCGCUUAGCACCCCCUACUUCGCCUGGCAAACCACAACUGGACCUCUUCUCUUGUAUGCUGAAACAUAGGCUGAAGCUAAACAACAGCGAGAUGAUACGAGUAAACCAUGCCUUGGACAUGUACAGUACAGAGAUACUCAAACAAUCGGACCACCUGACUACAAAACUAUGUUGAGCAUAACAUUAAUAUAAGAACAGUAAUCAACAGAGAAACAACAAACUAAUUAACUAUGAGGGAAUGUUAGUCAUAUUUUUGUUCGCUUUUCUUUUUUGACCUUUUCUGCCUUUUGAUGUAAUAUUAACUUUGUAAGUAUAAUUCUUAAAAAACAAGAAAAGGGUAAAGAUGAAAAGCUUUUCUGGCAGAUAAAAAAGAUCAAUUGAAACUCUAUAUGGACUGUAUCAUAUUUGUCCCAGCAUGUCUGUAAUUUCCUUAAAGAACCUUGAAAGGAACAAGUGGAAAAAAGAAAACAUCGAAUCUAUGUACUGGAGGAAAAGGAGGCCUUGAUUUUAACAUAAGGGAUCAAAGAUUGCAUCUGAAACUGCCAUUCUUUCUUCAGAAAAAAAAUCUGACAUUUUUAAAGGUACAAAAAAACACAAGGGCAGACCAGACAUCGGUUUAUUUCACUGGAUGGGCAAAGUAUUUCAAACAUACCAGACAGUUUAGAAUAAAAUAUUUAUACAUUCUAAUUAAUUAAAUGCUCUAGUGAAUAAGUAGUCAUUACAUUUUUUACAUUUAAGAGACAACAGGAAAUCAGCAUUGCUUUUAGAAAGGAAUUUAAAACUGUCCUUGUUCUGAAAUAUGAGGCACAUGACAAGGCAGUAAUGAAGAGUCAUGAUAAAAACAAAAGCCAGCUGUUUAUAUAUACAUACGUGUGAUUGAAUGUGUGUGAAUGUGUCUGUAAACAUCUUUUUUGCAUUAAUGCUUAACACUUUGUUAAUUGAAUGUGUCAUAUGAGAUUGACCCCUCGUCUCUGUUCUAUCUUGCAUUUUGAAUGCUCCCUCUCAUUCCCUUAUGAAACGCCAGCUUUUUGCUUGUUUUUUAUUUUUUUGUUUUUCAAAAAAAAAAAAAAAACAGUACAGUAUACCUCCCGGCGAGUGAACGCAAUAUUGUGGUCUGAAGAUUAUAACAAUCAAUGCUAUUUUGUACAGCUUUGCAAAAUGUACAUGAUACUGCUGAUCUGUGGAGCUUUUCAGCACUGAGAGCAAAACGUAAACAUUCAUCAUUCAGGCACAUUUGCAAGACAACCGAAAGCCAUACACUUUCCUGAGGUAGACAUACAGUGUGUCAUGAAGCUCACCCUGUACCUGUUCCAUGUGUAUGUUUUUGUUCAACAACUUCAAGUGAUUUCAGACAAGAGCACAGCAAAAAGAAAAAUGGCGAGUGGAGACAUAACAUGUUGAGUGAAAUUGUGUUGUUAAAGCCAUUUAACUUGUAUUUUGUGCUGCAGGAAAAAUAAUAAGAAAAAAAUCUUAUAUUAAAGCUUAUAAUACCUUUUGAAAGUGUUACUCUGUAAGCUUUUUAUGACCAUAUGUAAAAAAUUCUCUUUAUGUUUUAAGCUAUGAAGUUCAACAUUUUCUGCAUGUUGCUGGCAGUAUAAAAAGAGCUGUGACUGUGUUGUAACUCAGUCUUUAACAUAAAGCACUACCUAUGUAUUAAUGGUCAGAUUUUAUUUUAAUAAUUCAAUGCUGAAACGCCUAUAAUGUGGUUGAUAUUUGCAGGUGGGCCCCUCUACUGAAUGCUCACUACAAAAACAAGCUUAGUGUGUUAUUCUGUUGUGUUUUUAUUUUAUUUUUUAUUUAUCUUUUUUUGAGCAUCACACAAAAAAUAAAGACACUAAACAAGGUUGUCCCCUUAAACACAAAUUAGAAGCCCUUUUUGAGUAAAAUGUACCAGCCCUGAAAUCGUUCUCAUAUAUUUGAAAACCACAAUUUUUCCAGUAAAUCCUAUAUGUAAGUUUUUUGUUGUGUUGUUAUUAAUUUCAUGUCUAGUAAUCUCAUGAUGUGUAUUUUUUGUGAUGUAUUUCCUUGUCCUCUUCAUCAAAAACUGCUCUUGUCUUUGUGAAACAAGUCUUGAUAAAAAAAAAAAAGAUUCAAGACAGAUGUGCAAACCCCCUUGUGUUGUGAAGGACUCAAUGCAAACAACAUAAAAAAUUGGAAUUCCAAAACAUUUGAUAAAAUAGGUUUUGGGAAUUUCAAUUUUAACUGAUUUUAAUACAUUAAACAAACAAACCACA